UGCCUGCUCACCGAGUGCUGUCCUCCCCGGGAGACAGUGGACUCUCACACCGUCUCUCAGCUGCAGGGGCAGCCCUACGGCUGGUGCCUCCCGGCGCGCACUGACGCCUUCACUUCCCAACCUGCGCGCUACGGAUUUCGCCAAACAUCAGGACCAUUCACAGUUCAGCUAAAACUUAAGGCAUUAUACAGUCAUGUUUCAGUUUUCAGUGACAGAGGAUCCGCGACAACAGCACUCCUGAAUUGGGAACCGUGCGGACAGGACAGGGGACAGUCUUGGUUGUCUCCCCCCGGGCAAUGUGCGCAAGGUGAUACAGCUGAGUUACCUCACUGCUGGAGCCGCAUUACAUGGAUUUCCCCACCAAUCGUCACUUUUAUGCGGGACUGUUCGAUGCCACUUAUAACUCAUUGAGUUCAGGAUACUUCAGCUCAAGUUAGCCCCCUUUCCCUGACAGUUUCCCUCCCGAACUUCAGCCGUCAGUGGACCAUUUUGCGACCGCGACGAUGGGCUCGCAGACCGGAGAGGCUCUGCAGAAACAGGCGCUCCUCUGGCUGCUGUUGGCAGUGUGUCAGUGUGUGUCGGUGCUGGCUUGUGGACCCCACUAUGAAUAUGCCAUCGAGGAGUUCUGCCUGGCCAAGUUCAGGCUGGACAUGCAGGAGCUGGACCAGAGACACUGGUGUAGCUGGGAGGACACUGUCGAACCCUAUGGCGAGCUGACCAACUGCACCUACCUGGUGGCGCUGAAGAUGGAUUGCUUCUGGCCCAACAGGCUGGUGGACGAGUUCUUCAUCCGAGUCCACAAGCACUACUUCCAUGACUGCUCCAUGUCUGGCCGGCUCCUCAGGGACCCCCCGAACCGCAUCCUGGGGCCCUUCAUUGUGGUCCCCAUCCUGGUCACCCUCCUCAUGACUGCACUGGUGGUGUGGAGGAGCAAACGCAGUGAGGGGAUUGUGUAG